GGACAACACAAUCUUAAUUUAGAUCAAGUUUGAUAGCAUGAACCGUAUUUUUUUCUUAUAGGUGGGACACUGAGCAACUCCUUUUAAAGACUGUUCAAACCCAAACUAGUCUUUUUAUUUCUCUCUGGUCUCUACGGACUGUGUGUUCUGUCCUAAAGUUUAUAUUUUUAAGGGCACAAAUGAGUCCAGGAAACGUAGCCGUCUUCCACGGAGGCAAGAUGAAGCUGAUUGAUCGGAGACUGAAGCUAACAGAGCUGCUCUUAAGGUGCUCCGCUACUCUCCUCGCUCUCCUCGCGCUUAUUCUGAUAGUGACAAACACUCAGGUCAAGCAAAUCUUUACAAUUGAGAAGAGAGCCAAGUACACCGACAUGAAGGCCCUUGUGUUCUUGGUGGUCGCUAAUGGGAUAGCUGCGGCUUAUUCCUUGUUGCAGUCAGUUCGUUGCGUGGUGGGUUCGAUGAAAGGAAGCGUUUUGCUCGACAAGUCCCUUGCUUGGGCCAUUUUCUUAGGCGAUCAGGCGAUGGCUUACAUAAGUGUGGCAGCAAUAGCAGCAUCAGCAGAGUCUGGUUUGAUUGGAAUAAGAGGCGAGGAAAAGCUGCAGUGGAUGAAGCUGUGCAAUAUGUUUGGCAAGUUCUGCAACCGAUCCGCUGGAGGAACCGCAACCGCCUUGCUUGCCUCUGUUGCUUUGGUUUUCGUCUCUUGCAUCUCUGCUUUUAGUCUAUUCCGGUUGUACGGUGGUGGUGCCACCCAAAGACACCCAAACCUUUCCGUGACGAAGUGAAAACAGCUCCUUAGUAGUGUUGAAAUGUUGUUAAGAAACCAAAAAGAAAGUGAAAGUGCAUGCAUCUUUUUUGUCUUCCACCUUAUGUUAAACUGAUUAUGUUCUCUGUGACAUAUUAUAUAAUUUUGAUGCCAGAGUUUGUUU